UGUACAGAGAGAGAGACUCCACAAAGAAACGCAAGUCGCUUUCCACACACGUGAUCUUCGUCGACUUUUCUUCUUCUUCUCCUUUAUCAACUUUUUUAUUGGGAUGAAUUUAUUUAGGGUUUAAUCAUUUCCACUUUCUUUAAAGCUUUUGUCAUAUCUAUUGGGUUGAUUCCUUUUUAUCUCCAGGUUUAACCGGCUCUGUACGAUGAUGUUUAACGAGAUGGGGAUGUUAGGCGGGAACAUGGACUUCUACUCUCCUUCCGAACUUGACUUCUGUGCCGCACCACACCCUGAACCGGAUUCAAUCAUUGAAGAUGACUAUACUGAUGAAGAAAUCGAUGUGGACGAGCUCGAGAGGAGGAUGUGGAGAGACAAAAUGCGUCUCAAACGUCUCAAGGAGCAGCAACACGACAAGAGCAAAAAACAAGGAGUUGUUGUUGUUGUUUUUUUUUUUUUUUUUUUUUUUUUUUUAGUUGUUGUUGUUGUUGAUUCCGCCAAGCAGAGACAACAGUCCCAAGAGCAAGCGAGGAGGAAGAAAAUGUCUAGAGCUCAGGACGGGAUCUUGAAGUACAUGUUGAAGAUGAUGGAAGUCUGCAAAGCUCAAGGCUUUGUCUACGGUAUCAUCCCCGAGAACGGGAAGCCUGUCACCGGCGCUUCGGAUAAUCUACGUGAGUGGUGGAAAGAUAAAGUCAGGUUCGAUCGUAACGGUCCUGCUGCUAUAUCUAAGUACCAAGCGGAGAACAACAACAACAACAUCUCUGGGGUUUGUGAAAGUAGCGGACCUACAUCGCAUAGUUUGCAAGAGCUUCAGGACACGACGCUUGGGUCUCUUUUGUCUGCUUUGAUGCAGCAUUGCGAUCCUCCUCAGAGACGGUUUCCUCUGGAGAAAGGUGUCCCUCCUCCGUGGUGGCCUACCGGGAAAGAAGACUGGUGGUGUCAGCAGCUCGGUGGUCCUGCUCCUUACAAGAAGCCUCAUGAUCUGAAGAAGGCGUGGAAAGUGGGUGUUUUGACUGCGGUGAUCAAGCAUAUGUUUCCUGAUGUUGCGAAGAUCCGUAAGCUCGUGAGGCAGUCUAAAUGCUUGCAGGAUAAGAUGACUGCUAAAGAGAGUGCUACUUGGCUCGCCAUUGUUAACCAAGAAGAGGCCCUGGCUCGAGAGCUUUACCCUCAGUCCUGCCCUCCUUUAUCAGGCGGUGGAAGUUGCUCGCUUCUGAUGAAUGAGUCUAGUCAGUACGACGUUGAAGCUGUUUAUGAAGCGGAAGAGGUCAAGCCUGUGAAGGAAGAAGUCUCAUCAGAAUUCAUGAGGAAGAGGAAGCCUAACAGAGAUCUGAACACUAUAAUGGAGAGAACGGUCUUCACCUGUGAGAAUCCUGGUUGUGUCCAUAGGGGGUUUCUGGAUAGGAACUCAAGAGACAACCAUCAACUGGGUUGUCCACACCGGGACAGUUGUUUACCGUAUGGAGGAGCAGGACCGUCCAGGUUCCAUGUCAACGAAGUUAAGCCUGUCGUUGGAUUUUCUCGGCCAAGGCCUGUGAACUCGGUGGACCAGCCAAUCGACUUAACGGGUAUUGGAGUUCCUGAAGAUGGGCAGAAGAUGAUCUCCGAGCUCAUGUCCAUGUACGACAGGAACGUCCAGAGCAACCAAACUCCUAUGGUCAUGGAGAAUCAGAGCGUGUCACUGCUUCAACCAACGGUCCAGAGUCAUCAAGAGCAUCUCCAGUUCCAAGGAAACAUGGGGGAAGGGAGUUUCUUUGAAGACUUCAACAGAGCUAACAACAACAGUAACCAAACGUACAACAUCAAUGGGUUCAACUACUACGACACUGCACACAACAAUAACAACUCUGAAGCUGCCCAUAACAAUAGUAGCAGCAACAGGUUUCAGGGUGUGUAUGAUUCUGCUGGACCGUUCGAUAUAGCCUCAUUCGUUUACAGAGAUGAUAUGUCAACGCCGCCAGGAGUAGUUGGAACGAUGCAACAAAAGCAGCAUGAUGUUUCCAUAUGGUUCUAAGUCUUGGAAAGUAGAUUUCAUCUUCUGUUUAUUUUUUUUAUCUUGUGCUCCUGCAUUCACUCUUCAGUGUGGGGACCUCUCUCUCUUACUGUGCCUUGGUCUUGGCUGGUGGAUCUCUUUCAUCAGCUUCUUUUAGUUACACACUCCAUACUUGGGGACAAACACAAUGUAAGUUCUCAUAAUAAUAUAUAUAUAUAACUUGGAAAUUGGAAUUAAAUCUUAAUUACUGACGUUGUUCAGCCUUUGUAA